AUGGCUUCAAAGUGGUAUCCUACAGAAAAUAAGGUGGCUAAAAAGACCAGAAAGACUGCAAGACCUCAGAAGUUGAGAGCUGCUUUGGUUCCCGGUACUGUGUUGAUCUUAUUGGCCGGUAGAUUCAGAGGAAAGAGAGUCAUCUACCUAAAGAGCUUAGCAGAUAGUACAUUGUUGGUGUCGGGUCCUUUUAAAGUCAAUGGUGUUCCCUUAAGAAGAGUCAACUCCAGGUUUGUCAUUGCAACAUCUACCAAGGUCGUUGUGGAUAAUGUUGAUCUAACUAAAUUUGACGUUCAAUACUUCGCCAGAGAAAGGGAAUCUUAUUCCAAGAAGUCCGAGAAGGAUUUCUUCAAUGAGGCCGGUUCCAAGAAGCAGAUUAAAGCUGAGAGGAUCGAUGACCAGAAAAUUGUUGACAAGGCUUUACUAGCACAGAUAAAAAAGACUCCAUUGUUAAAGCAGUACUUGGCAUCCUCCUUCUCCUUGAAGAAUGGAGACAAGCCCCAUUCCAUGGUGUUCUAA